GUUUCAUCGAGAUGAGAGUCCUAUUGCUAUGCCCAGCAUUUCUAAUUCUGCUGGCUAAUGGCGACUCUGUGUCCCAGAAUGUUUUAAACAAGAGUGACUCGGUACAAAGGGAUUCUUCCAAAGGUGUUUCGCUAAUGACAGAUUUAUCUCCGCUUGGUGACUCUCCCAUGAACUUUCAUAGAAGCGAUUCCCUUCCGAACGUUACACCCUGGGGGGAUUAUGUGGCACAGAGUGCUCCAUUUAAAAGCGAUCCUCCACAGAACGAAACAUCCAAACCGGAUAAAAACGAUUCACUGCCGAGUGCUAUACCCUUUGGUUAUUAUGUGACACAGAGUUCUCCACUGACUGAAACGUCUAAGAAGGACUUACUUCUAAUACAAAAUAAAGGCAACUUAGAAGGGGACUCGGGCAAAAAUGUGCCUUCUCCCGGCCACUUUUCACCGUCUGCUACUGAGACAGUCAAGGCACUCCAACAGAGGCUGUUGGAGGAACAGGCAAAAACUCUGCUCCUUCGGAACCAGUCCGCGUAUUUAUUGCAGGAAAUACAAGCACGAAAGUCCCAGGUGCUCAGGGCUCAAGAGUUAAGCCUUGACAUGGCCGAUAAGAGGAAUCAUGUGAACCGCAAUCUGCUGGAGAUACAUGUGCAGCUCGAAAAUGUGCGAAAGCAGGUGAAGAAGUGCCAGGGAAAGCUCUCCGGCAAGGAGAUAUUUCGGCUGGCCGACAUCGAGGCCAAUAGGUUGCUGAAGGAGGAGCGGGAGCCCGUGGUUAACUAUAACAACCGGAACAGGUUCCUCAAACUCCUAAGGGAGCUGCGUCGAAAGAUCAAGGACGAAAUCAAUCUAGUCUCGGAACUUGUUGCUGAUAGCACCACGACAGUGAGGCCUACUGACGGAAUCUUUCCAACCCUACCCUGGCCAUAAUCGGAGUGAUCACAUAAUUUGUAGUAAAUAAACAGCCAGCAAAAAAAUAACUACUAAUAAGUAUUGAGUCAUAGUAAAACCUUCAAAUUACGCGCCGUCAUAAUCAAAUUAGGCUGAAAAAAUCA